CUACAAAAGCGGCUGGCAACACAUGCUCGUGACACUCGUUUUUUUGCCAAUAAAUAGAUAUUCCAUUUAUGGAGUAAUAUCCUCAAAAGAGGGAAAAAUUAUCCUAUCCUUUUUCUUCUUUUUCUCUUACCUUUUACUUUUCUCCUCUCUUUUUUACUUAUUUUUUAUUUUAGCCUUUUCCAUAGAUAAAAAAAAACCCCCACUCUCAUUUAUACACGCACCACAACAACUGUCAUUAAGGAUGUUCAAGAGACUCAUAACAUUGACCUUUCUUGUAUCUCUUGCGUCCGCAUGCGAGCCCCUUUGCAGGCACGCAAUCUCACAAGCCUUUGCAGAUCGAUACAUUCCCGUCAUUCAUUUAGCCGUCACCGACCUGCAUGAAGCUUUAAACACCAAUCUCUACAAUAUCACCAUACCCAGCAAACUGUUAGACGUUGUUCCGGAAAAAGAACUGCAGGACGGCAUCCGGAAUACCGUCCAAGACGGCCUAGACGACUUUACAAUGCAGUCCACGGGGGAUAUUCUCCAGGAAGGCAUCCAUCAGACCAUAUUCUCGGGCGACGAGCCGUUCAAGGGUGACUGCAACAAUCCAAAGCGACUUGAUAGAAAAAAGCCCAAAGAGGACGAAGAAUGGACCCGAGAAGAAUGUGCCAAGAUGGAUUACAUUUGCGGAAACCCGCCGUCGAUUUGUCAUUUCCUGGACAUGAUCAAGGGCCGGAUAGUCGUCUACCUCCGUGCUCACUUGAAGGAACAGACACAGUUCGGCAGCGGUCUACUAUUCCAGAACUUGGCACCCAACAUGAAACAAGCCGUUCAUUCCACCAUGAUUCGCUAUGGAGCUGGCUCCUUAUUGACCGAUGCCGACAUCAUGGCCUAUGUGAACAACAUCAUCAGCAACACGAUCCGCGUGCUGGAUGUGUGGUCGCAUACGACGGUCCAGGAUAUCUGCGCGAAGCCAGAAGAUCAGGCAGUGUGUGGUGGAUGGGAUGAUGUGGUCAUUCCAGAGAUUUUACGGUGGCCUUAAAGAAGAACCAAAAAAAAAAAACUACAGGAAACUUUCGAAACAACCAACUCCAACGUGUAAAUUUUCCCGCUCUCUCUCUCUCUCUCUUUUAUAAUUUAUGGCAUCCAUUAUCACCUUCAUUAUAAUUACUCGUAUCUUUCUAUUUCACAAAUGCAACACCACAACACUCGACGCAAUAGCCUCCACCCUUCCCCAUCCCAUCCCAUCACAACCCCAACAACCUUGUAGUAGUUGUAGUAGAAAACAACAACACAAAAGUUCAUUGCUCACUUUAUUUUCCACAUCGCCCCCCUCCCCCCUCCCCUCCCUAUCUACUUGGCUACCUUGGCUUUUAUACAUUUGUCUUUCCUCUGUCACGCAAUCUUCUCUUGUAAAUUUCCUUACUGUAUUCUUUGACUAAUUAAAGGAGCUGGUUCAGGAACCAAAAAAAUAGAGGUGUAAC